AUGAAAAUGCAAAACUGUGUCUGUGACAUUGCCGCUAUUCGUGGCGAGGAAGUCAAUAAACCUCAAGAAGAAAAUGUGCCUGAAGAUAUAGACUCUAUGGAAAUAGAAACAAACCCAACACCUGUCAAAAGCAAAUGUAAAAAGAAUCGAAAACGGCGUAAAGGUCGCUUAGAAAAAAUGUGUGCCACUGCUAAUUAUAAGACUUUUGACAAACUAUUAGAGAAUGCGUUGAAUGAUACAAUUUUUGCAGUUUCUAAUGUCAAAAUUUUACCACAUAAAAAUAUCAACCUUGGUAGCAUAAUCAUAAGUUUGACAAAUAGUGCAAAACAUGUUAAAGUAUUACAUAGAUUUGGUCAUAUAUGUAGUUACGAUGUACUUGAGGAAUUAGAAACGGAAGCUACGUACUCCUGUAUGCAAGCCUCUAAUGUUUGUCCAUCAACUGUCAUCACGAAGAAAGGAUUGCAUUGUUGCGCCUUCGAUAAUUUCGAUCGUUUUAUUGAAAGCGCGAGUAACAAAACCACACUCAAUGACACUGUAGGAAUAGUGUAUCAGGAUAUUAUUAAAAAUGAAGGGUGCGAUGUUAUUGAAGAGCGCAACGAUGAAAUAAAGAAUUGA